CCAGGAACCGCUUCUCCUGUUCACAUGCUGAUGACUUCGGACCAUCGUCAACGCACAAUAUCGGAGGGGAACGAUGGGAGAUGGAGAAAUAAUUAUGUUUAAGUGACAUUUUUCUGGCUUCUUCUAUCUUCUAUAUGUAUAAAAAUGAUUUGCUGUUCGUUAGUCUCGCUAAAACUCGAGAACGGCUGGACCGAUUUGGCUAAUUUUGGUCUUGAAUUAUUUGUGGAAGUCCAGUAAAAGUUUAAAAGGUAGAUAGAUAUGAAAAUGCUCGGAAUUAAAUAAAAAUAACAAUUUUGUUUUUCCUUUGAUUGUGUCCUCCGUCGGACGGAUUCCUUUUGUUUGUUUUAAGUUUAUUUUAUAUAAAAGUUUAGCUCUUUUAUUUAUCGAAUGAGGUACUACGAAGUCUGCCGGGUCAGCUAGUAUUAAAUAAAAGUACAUAUAUUUCUAUAAUGUAUCAUAUGUAAUGUUUACAGUAUGCACCAGGUUUGUGUUCCUAAUUCUUCUUCUGCGGGCCUACUGGAAGAGAUUUCGACAUGAAAUAAGUAGUGUCCUUGUACUCUGUAUCCUUAUUGUCGUGUUUCUUCUAACAAAACAAGCUAUGUGUACAAAAUAUUUUAAAUAAAAUAAAUAAAUAAAUGAGAAACUACCAUUACAUUACGCUUGGAUGCAAUAAAUAGCUUCAGUUAAAGAACACCCAAGUCUGAUAAAGAGCGAGUUAUCCAAGCGCGACACGAUCUUCCGAUGCUUAUACCCUUAAGAAUACGGCACGAUAUCACGCUACGUUUGAAAGCGCUGCGGGGUCGUUGAACUGCUAAGCGAAGUGAAAUGUUACAAAAUAAGUGGAAUAAUUCGUUACUUUGUUUUAAAUGCUAUAGAAUACUAUAUAUUCUCCGCAUACCGUGGACCGCCAAGACAACAAACAAAUCUGUCCUGGAGCAACUUCGUAUAGAAACGAGACUAUCGACGAUUUGCUACCAGAAGGUUCUUGGUUACUUCGGUCACAUUGCUCGGCGGCCACCACACAACGUUGAAAGAUUGACUGUGGUGGGCAAGGUAGAAGGGAAAAGUCCCGCCGGCCGGCCACCAAACCGUUGGUCGGAUCAGAUAGCUGCGCUCACUGGACUCUCUGUUGCGACCGCCCAGAGAGAAGCCGAAAACUGAAGCAAAUGGAAGCUGAGGGUACAAAGAGCCACGAAGGGCUUUCAAGGACACGACCUUCACCAAUGAAGUAUUCGACUAAGAAGAAGAAGAAGAAUACUGAAUUGCUUAUCUGAAUGGAUAUUCAUUUGAAAAUCAUUAAACCGUUAAAAUCGUCUAAAAAUCACCUAAUACUUUAAUAUAUUUAAGUGAUUGUGUAAUUUGCACUUUAUGUAAUGGUUUUUUCAUAUAAAAAAUUUUCUUCAUAAGUAAAACAGAUUUAGCUUAGAGAGUUCAUGUAAGACUUUAAGAUUUUUACUAUUACUUAGGCAGUUCGAGCUUAUUAAGACUUGAAUCGAAUUAAUAUCAUAAAGCCAGUAAGUUCACGAUCGAUUUCCAAUAAGCCAGUGCUCAAGACUGACUUCCACGGUGAAGGAAUAUCAUCUAUAUCUAUCUUCUAUACAUAUAUAUGUCAGAGGAAGCAAUGAGUCGAGUUGAUUCUUAUUUACAUGCUUAAUGUUUAUUAUUAUUAGUUUUACGUUGUAAUUACUUUUAUAAUUCCUAAUUUUAUUUUAUCUUGUUUGUUACGUUUUUCUAUAACUUUAAAACCUUUCAUAAAAAUAAACUGUAAUAAAAGGUCCCAUAACUGUAAAUCACGUAGGCAGCGACCAAUCAGAGCAGAGCGUCUUGUCUCGAGCGUGGUCGAGGCGCCAUCUUCACUUUGGAGAAAGCUUGUAUGGUGGUGUGACGCAUUUUGUGAGCAUAAAAACGUAUCGAGUUGGAUCGUUCGAUAUAGUUAAAGUGAGAUUGGUGCACCGAACUCGCUGCUCGGUCUAAACUGUUGUAUUCCUACAAUAUUACCGUGGAAUAACAAAAUAUUGUAUAAACUGAAUUAAACUACUGAUAAAACGGCAUCCAUUGUGUUUUGUGCUCGCACUUUAACCCCAUGACGCCCACUAAGCCCGCAGCCACUAAUGGCGAUAUCGACGAGGAGAGCCCUUUCCCCGACAUCAGAAGUGGGAUCGGUGCAGGCACAAAACGUGAACGGACAGAUAACAGCAACUGAUGGGUGGCGUGCUUUAUUUGAAGCACAACAAACCAGCAUGAAGCUACUCGUGGAGGCUUUGACUAAACCACCGAAUCUUGAGGAUAAAAACAUCACGCUGCCUAAGUUUCAACCGGAUGAUGCAAACACUGACGCCCGCGCCUGGCUGGCCACGGCGGACAUUUGCUUAUCGGAUCGUGAGAUACAGGGAAGUAAAUUAAUUCUCAUUCUUAGUAAGGCUAUGAAAGGGUCGGCUGCAACAUGGUUUUCUCAAAUCGUUUUUCCUAAUAUGAAAUGGGUAGAAUUUAAGGAAAUUUUUACUUCUCGAUUCGUUACGUUAGAAACAUGUGCAGCGACGUUAUUGAAGAUGCUUAGUGGUAAACCACAAGAAGGUGAAUGUCUUGCUGCAUAUGCAAGCCGUUUAUUUACCUUACUCAUGUCACGAUGGAGUAAUUUAGAAAAGGAAGAAAUGGUGGUGUCUUUAAUACUUGCACACAUGGGACAAAUUGAGCCACGGUUACAACGCAAUAUUUUUGCGGAAGAAAUACCAACCCGCUGUAAAAUGCAACGCGAACUAAUGGCUUUUUCUUAUCGCAAACGGAGCUACCAAGAGAUGACAAAAGCCGUUGCAAGCAAUACGCACGAUAACAAACUUCCCAAAUUAAGUUCUGGUUCCACAAAAUGUUACGCUUGUGGAAAGCUUGGCCAUAAAUCUAAUGAAUGUUUCAGUCGAUCGCAUGAAAAACAGCAAACAACUCCGAUCUUCGAACACCCUGACACAGCUGAGGGUAAGCGUGCCCCUGUGACUUGCUACAAGUGUGGUGUUGAAGGUCAUCUGGCAUCGCGGUGCUCAAAAACAUGGUCAGUUGCAAGUAAUAGUGCACAGUCCACCGUUGCACCCAGCGUCGUGAAGUCAGUGAACGUGUGUGGUAUGAAGCCUGCCACCGGGAUAAUUACACAAUUUGAUAGCGAUGAUGCACGGUCUUCAACAUCACACGAGGACGUGUGAUAUGUCAGGACGGCCGUGUCAGAGGAAGCAAUGAGUCGAGUUGAUUCUUAUUUACAUGCUUAAUGUUUAUUAUUAUUAGUUUUACGUUGUAAUUACUUUUAUAAUUCCUAAUUUUAUUUUAUCUUGUUUGUUACGUUUUUCUAUAACUUUAAAACCUUUCAUAAAAAUAAACUGUAAUAAAAGGUCCCAUAACUGUAAAUCACGUAGGCAGCGACCAAUCAGAGCAGAGCGUCUUGUCUCGAGCGUGGUCGAGGCGCCAUCUUCACUUUGGAGAAAGCUUGUAUGGUGGUGUGACGCAUUUUGUGAGCAUAAAAACGUAUCGAGUUGGAUCGUUCGAUAUAGUUAAAGUGAGAUUGGUGCACCGAACUCGCUGCUCGGUCUAAACUGUUGUAUUCCUACAAUAUUACCGUGGAAUAACAAAAUAUUGUAUAAACUGAAUUAAACUACUGAUAAAACGGCA